GCCGCUGCCCGCGCCCACCUCUGACCCCAGCGAGAGUAGCUGCUGUUUCUGAGAGGACGAUUCGUAAUCCAGAGUCCGGCGCGGUUAACCAUUCUUCUCCCUUCUGCCCAGUCCUUCGGUGCUCGAGCGACGCUCCGAGCUCGGUCGGUUCUGAGCAGCGUGUCUGGCUUUCUACCGAGGAUCCGGCUGCUGGCUCCAUAGGUGGCUGUCGAAAGUGCCGGCCGCGCGCCGGCGCCGGCAGUAGCCGGGUGGGAAGGCUCAAGAUGGCGUGCCUGUUGGAGACCCCAAUCCGCAUGAGUGUCCUCUCGGAAGUAACAGCUAGCAGUCGCCACUAUGUUGACAGGCUAUUUGACCCUGAUCCCCAGAAAGUUCUCCAAGGUGUCAUAGACAUGAAAAAUGCUGUAAUUGGAAACAAUAAACAGAAAGCCAACCUCAUUGUUUUAGGAGCUGUUCCAAGAUUGUUAUAUUUGCUUCAACAAGAAACCUCCAGCACAGAGCUGAAAACUGAAUGUGCAGUGGUGUUAGGGAGCCUUGCAAUGGGCACAGAAAACAAUGUCAAGUCUCUACUAGACUGCCAUAUUAUUCCUGCCUUGCUACAAGGACUACUAUCUCCUGACCUGAAGUUCAUUGAAGCUUGCCUCCGAUGCCUGCGGACAAUCUUCACCAGCCCUGUCACUCCAGAAGAGCUAUUGUACACAGAUGCCACAGUGAUACCACACCUCAUGGCACUGCUGAGCAGGUCCCGCUACACCCAGGAGUAUAUCUGCCAGAUCUUCUCACACUGCUGCAAAGGACCAGAUCAUCAAACAAUUUUGUUUAACCAUGGGGCAGUACAGAACAUUGCUCACCUACUAACCUCACCCUCUUACAAAGUUCGAAUGCAAGCAUUGAAAUGCUUCUCAGUUUUAGCUUUUGAAAACCCCCAGGUAUCGAUGACCCUGGUAAAUGUUUUGGUUGAUGGGGAGUUGUUACCACAGAUAUUUGUGAAGAUGCUACAGAGGGAUAAACCUAUUGAGAUGCAGCUCACAUCAGCAAAAUGUUUAACUUAUAUGUGCAGAGCUGGAGCGAUUCGGACAGAUGACAGCUGUAUUGUAUUAAAGACUUUGCCUUGUCUGGUUCGAAUGUGCAGUAAGGAGAGAUUACUAGAGGAGAGAGUUGAAGGAGCUGAGACCCUCGCCUAUCUGAUUGAGCCAGACGUUGAGCUACAGAGAAUCGCUAGCAUAACCGAUCACCUCAUUGCCAUGCUUGCUGACUAUUUCAAGUAUCCCAGCUCAGUGAGUGCCAUCACUGACAUUAAAAGGCUUGAUCACGACUUAAAACAUGCCCAUGAACUCCGCCAAGCUGCAUUCAAGCUCUACGCCUCUCUUGGAGCAAAUGAUGAAGACAUCCGGAAGAAGAUCAUUGAGACUGAAAAUAUGAUGGACCGGAUUGUGACUGGCUUGUCUGAGUCUAGUGUCAAGGUGCGGUUAGCUGCUGUCAGAUGUUUGCACAGUUUAUCCAGAUCUGUACAGCAGCUUCGAACCAGUUUCCAGGAUCAUGCGGUGUGGAAACCUUUAAUGAAGGUUUUACAAAAUGCACCCGAUGAAAUCCUAGUAGUAGCGUCUUCCAUGUUAUGUAACCUUCUUCUUGAAUUUUCUCCAAGUAAAGAGCCAAUUUUGGAAUCAGGAGCUGUAGAGCUGCUUUGUGGAUUGACACAGAGUGAAAACCCUGCUCUACGAGUGAAUGGGAUUUGGGCUUUAAUGAAUAUGGCAUUUCAGGCUGAACAGAAAAUAAAAGCAGACAUUUUACGAAGCUUGAGUACUGAACAGCUCUUCCGGUUAUUAUCAGAUUCUGAUAUGAAUGUGCUGAUGAAGACAUUAGGACUUCUUAGAAAUCUCCUCUCCACUCGGCCUCAUAUAGAUAAAAUAAUGAGUACUCAUGGAAAGCAGAUUAUGCAAGCUGUCACUCUGAUACUGGAAGGGGAGCAUAGCAUUGAAGUUAAAGAGCAGACACUGUGCAUUCUAGCCAACAUAGCAGAUGGGACAACAGCAAAAGAACUUAUUAUGACUAAUGAUGACAUCCUGCAGAAAAUCAAAUAUUACAUGGGUCAUUCCCAUGUCAAACUGCAGCUUGCUGCUAUGUUUUGUAUAUCAAACCUCAUAUGGAAUGAAGAAGAAGGUUCACAGGAACGCCAGGACAAAUUACGAGAUAUGGGCAUUGUAGAUAUUCUUCACAAACUGAGUCAGUCGCCAGACUCAAACCUUUGUGACAAGGCAAAGACGGCGCUGCAGCAGUACCUGGCAUGAUGGGAGCGCCCUGGGCACCUGCGAGCACCCCACACCUUUGUUUAAGGAAGUCCAGGAGCUAGCCUCAUUUGACUCCUUCUAUUUGCACACGUCACCUUGGACUGCAGGGAGCUGUUUGCAAAGCAGUUUAGUAGGCUUAGAUCUCAAAUUCAUCUUGAGAACCGUUUUUGAGGUAGUAAUUUCCUCAGAGGAUUAUUGUAUUUGUUUUGUUUUGUUUCUGAGCUACCUGGACUCUUUAUUAGAACAAUCAAUCAUUUUCCUUUGGACCUACAAUUUUUUGCCUAUGCUGCAGCCACUUUGUGAGCAAGAAUGAGAGAGAGAGAGAGAGAGAGAGAGAGAGAGAGAGAGAGAGAGAG